GUUCAUAGUAAUGCCCUUCGGACUAACCAAUGCGCCAGCUACGUUCCAGCGCUGUAUGAACGAUUUGUUCAAGCCGUGGUUAGAUAGAUUUGUUGUAGUUUAUCUAGAUGACAUCCUAGUGUUUAGCCGGACCCCUGAAGAGCAUCAGGGUCAUCUCAGGCAAGUCUUGGAGAAGUUGAGAGAAGCUAACUUCAAGAUCAAUGCAAAUAAGUGCGAUUGGGCGAAGACCCAAGUUCUGUACCUAGGCCACGUCUUAGACGAAGACGGCGUUAAGCCAGAAGAUAGCAAGAUCGCAGCGAUUAGAGAUUGGCCCACGCCACGUUCGCUGACAGAGUUGCGCUCGUUCCUGGGCUUAGCGAAUUACUAUAGGAAGUUCGUGAGGAACUUUUCCACCAUCGUUGCGCCCCUUCGCAGAUUGCUAAGAAAAGAGACAAUCUGGAAGUGGGACAAGGACUGCACAUCUGCCAUGAAGAAGCUAAAGCAGGCGUUGAUAGAGUAUCCGGUCCUUAAGGUCGCCGAUCCGUCCUUGCCUUUUGUCGUUACUACGGAUGUUAGCCAGUACGGCAUAGGCGCAGUGUUACGGCAAGACGAUGGCAAUGGCUAUAGACCCGUAGAGUUCAUGUCCGCUAGGAUGCCUUCAGAGAAGGUUGCGACAUCUACCUAUAAGAGGGAACUCUAUGCUCUCAGGCAAGCAUUAGACCACUGGAAGCACUACUUGCUUGGGGGGCACUUCAAAGUCUAUUCGAACCAUGAAACGUUACGAUGGUUAAAGACCCAGGCCAAGAUGACACCUAAGCUUACUAGGUGGGCCGCAGAGAUAGAUCAGUACGACUUCGAGCUCAAGCCUGUCAAAGGGAAGUACAACGUAGUCGCGGAUGCUCUGAGUAGGAGAGCAGAUUACUUUGGGGCAAUAGUAMAUUACCUCGAUAUAGGAAAGGAUCURCAGCARAAGGUUAGAGAAGCCUACGCGCAGGACCCUAUCUAUAGUGAGCUCCUCACUCGAGUCAAGGAGGCCCCAGAGACCGAGCCGAACUACCGCACUACUGAAGGGUUUCUUUUUGAGAAGACUAAUGUUUUUGACCGGUUGUGCAUCCCCAACAGCGAAGAGAUCCGUAGUCUGAUUUUGGGGGAAUGUCACGACACAGAGGGUCAUUUCGGUUGGCAAAAGACUUUGGCCAAUCUGAUGCGCGCGUAUACCUGGCCAGGGAUGAAGAAUGACUGCGUAGAGUAUGUUCGCAGUUGCAAAGUCUGCCAGCGUAAUAAGAGUUUUACGCGCGCCCCGCUAGGUCUUCUCAGACCCUUGCCCAUUCCGGAUCAGCCGGGAGACUCAGUGUCAAUAGAUUUCAUGGACACUCAAGUCAAGAGCAGGCAUGGCAAGAGCCAAGUCAUGGUCAUAGUUGACCGCUUUAGCAAGUACGCAGUUUUUGUUCCUUUGCCUUCUAAGGCGCGUACUGAUUUAGUCGUACAGAGGUUCUUUGACUAUUGGGUUAGUGAGAAUGGAAUCCCACUAUCUACAGUUAGCCAUAGAGAUAGUCGCUUUACUAGCCAGAAUUGGCAAGAACUCAUGGGAGUAUACGGAUCUAAAUUGUUGAUGUCGUCCGGCCGCCAUCCAGAGACUAACGGUCAGACAGAGCAAAUGAACAAGAUCCUACAGCAAGUUCUGCGCAUGUAUAUUAGGCCAGAUCAGAUUAACUGGGAUGAGAUGUUGCCUAAAGUAGCUAGUGCAUACAAUAAUAGCGUGCAUCUAGCCACCUGCCGUACUCCCAACGAACUGCACAAGUCCUUUAGACCGCGCAGACCGUUUGAGGGACUCAACCGGGAUCAGAUUCAGAGAUUGUCGCCCGGGACCAGGGAGUUUGCUGUGCAGCACGAGAAAGAACUAGCUACUGUCGUAGAGAACCUCAGAAAAGCCCAGCAUAGGAUGAUAGAGCAAGCGAACAAACAUCGUCGCCCUUCACAGUUUCAAGUAGGCGACUUAGGCUGGGUUAGUUCUAAAGAGUUUGCGCCGGAGGAGAACAUCUCGCAGAAGUUACUGCCCACAUAUAGAGGACCGUGGCCUGUUCUGGAAGUCAAGGGCGGCGAAGAUGGACCGUCCUAUACAAUAGAACUACCAGCACACCUCCACACGUAUCCAGUUUUCCACGCAUCGAAGUUGCUACCUUGUCAAACAAGCGAUCAGUUUCCAUCCCGUAGAUCGAUGAUCCCACCUGAUAUGGAUGGAAGAUACGACAUAGAUGGUAUAGUGGCUGAAGAUGUCUUCAGAACUGGAGGUAGGGGUCGUCCGCAGAAACAAUACAAGGUUCAUUUUAGUUAUCAGGAACGGGAAGAUAUGACAUUGAUGGUAUAGUGGCUGAAGAUGUCUUCAGAACUGGAGGUAGGGGUCGUCCGCAGAAACAAUACAAGGUUCAUUUUAGUUAUCAGGAACCAGAAGACGACCGCUGGUUUACAAGAUCUGAACUUCUAGAGACAGCUCCCGAUAUAGUCCGGGCUUACGAAAGACAGCAGAAGGGUAAAGCUCCUGCCUUGGACUGAAAUUUUCUCGGAGGACCUCGAAUUUAGGCCGGCGGGAGUGAAACGGUAUUCACCAGUUCGCAGUAACGAAUGC